AUGCCCUUCUGGCUUCGCCACCUCUCCCGUUCGCCACCUCUCCCGUUCGCCACCUCUCCCGUUCGCCACCUCUCCCGUUCGCCUCCUCUCCCGUUCGCCAUCUCUCCCGUUCGCCAUCUCUCCCGUUCGCCACCUCUCCCGUUCGCCACCUCUCCUGUUCGCCACCUCUCCCGUUCCCCUCCUCCCCCGUUCCCCUCCUCCCCCGUUCCCCUCCUCCCCCGUUCCCCUCCUCCCCCGUUCCCCUUCUCCCCCGUUCCCCUUCUUCCCCGUUCCUCUCCACACGGAGCAGCCUCCCUGCGCACGGAGCAGCCUCCCUGCGCACGGAGCAGCCUCCCUGCGCACGGAGCAGGCGGGCGGGCAGUUGGGCACAGCAAGAUGCGCAUCUCCCCUGCCGGCCUGCCCCACUGCGUUGUGUCGCCAUGCCUCUCUCUCUGCUGGGCUGGGAGACACACCACACCACCCUCCCCCUUCCCCUUCCCCCAAUCCCCACCUCCCCACCUCCCCCUCUCCCCCGAUCCUCACAUCCCCACUCCACAUGGCAAAGCCUCCCUGCGCACUCGCAGCCGGGAAGGCAUCUCCUCGCUGGCCACGGGAAGGCAUCUCCUCGCUGCCCACGGGAAGGCAUCUCCUCGCUGGCCACGGGAAGGCAUCUCCUCGCUGGCCACGGGAAGGCAUCUCCUCGCUGCCCACGGGAAGGCAUCUCCUCUGUGGCCCGCCUCAAAGGUCCUCUCCCCUGGGACAGCUUUUCAGGCGCCUCAAAGGGGAGCGAACGAGGAUGGGCAGCUGGGCACGGGCGCACUGGCGCACUCAGCAGCGCUGCAGCUGGUGCCGGCGCUGGCAGGGGCGGACGUGGUGCAGCUGGUGGGUGGCAGCAGGAACUCCCUCGCCCUCACACAGGAUGGCCGGGUGUUCCUGUGGGGGUGGAAUCAGCGCAGCACGUUGGGCCAUCCACCCGCCCCGGCCGCCCCGCGAGAAGCCGUCCCCUGCCAGGUGGAGUCGCUUAAAGACGAGAAGAUCGUGCAGGCAGCCGUUGGAGGAUGGCACUGUCUAGCCGUGAACGAGAAGGGGACUGCUUUCUCUUGGGGCGGCAACGAGUAUGGGCAGUGCGCAGCCAAGGUAGCAGACAAGCUGCACGGCAACAAGCUGAGCGCCCGCGACAUCCUCUCGCCCUUCCCCUGCGUGCCCCAGCUGCGCGUCAAACAGGUGGCGGCGGGCGGCACGCACUCCGUGGUGCUCACGAGGGAGGGCGAGGUGUGGGUGUGGGGACAGCCCUGGCCGCCCGCUGAUGCCAAGCAGGUGUGGGUGCCAGCAAAAGUACCCGGGCUGAAGGGCGUGCGGAGCAUAGCGGUGGGCGCGUUCCACAACUUGGCAUUAAAGGGGGACGGGCGAGUGGUGGCGUGGGGCAGCAACGAGUAUGGGCAGCUGGGCACGGGGGACACGCAGCCGCGCUCGCUGCCUGUGGACCUGCCUCAACUCACCCACGCUCAUGUGGUGGACAUAACAGCAGGGGGGUGGCAUUCCAUGGCAGUCAGUCGCUCCGGACAGGUGUGGGCAUGGGGAAGAGGGGAGCACGGGCGGAUGGGGUUCGGCGAGGACAAGACAAUCAAAGCCGUACCAACGGUGGUGACGCUGCUGGCGGGAGAAACAGUGGUGCAGGCCUCGUGUGGUGGCACACACUCCCUCGUUGUCACGCUUGAUGGGCGAAUGUUCACUUUUGGCAGAGUGGACGAUGGCAGGCUCGGGCCAGCAGGCUCGGUAACAACAGGCGACCUGGUCAGAGUUCCUCUCCCAGGGGACCCCGAUGCUACCUUCCAUCCGGAUGACCAUCCGAACCUGCAUAGAAGGCUCGGCAGCAUCAGCCGCUCCCUCAGCAACUCCUCUGAGCAGCCAAGAAGCCGAUGGCGGGCGGCGUUUGCGGUGUGCGGUGGUCGACAUAAUUUGGCAUUAUUGUGUCCGGAGGAGGAUUUGAGUGAGGUGAGCUGCCAUUUGCCAUGGCAUAAGGCACAAAAGGAGAGAGAGGGGAAAAAAACGCAAGAGGGGCAGGUGCAAGGGGCAGGGGGGGCGGAGGCAGCAAGCAAGGCAGGGACAAGUGGAUCGGACGCAGGAGACGGCAGCACACAGCAGGGUGGAAGCAACGGUGAUGGAGAGCGUGCAGAGGGUGCUGCUACCAUAGAUGGUAAUGACACGUAG